CCCCCACUCUCUGGCCCAGCUACCCUUUAAACCCGAGCUACCAGCUGCGGCGCCGCGGCGCCGGGGGGCGCGGCGGAGGCGACUGCGUUCGCGCCGGCGGCGUGCUCCAGCGCGGGGGGAGCUGCUUCGCGUGCUCUGCUGUUGGCGAGAAAGGAAGAAGAGGAGAAACUGAUCUCUCGAAAGCUUAGACAAAAAAGAAUGUUAGUCCUUCUACACUUGAGAGACUUUUAAACUGCAAACUAUCUGAGAGACGUUUAUACUGUCACAAUGUCAAGAGUACCAAAGUGGAAGAUUGAAAAGACCAAAGUCAAGGUUGUAUUCCGGCUGCAAUUCCAUGCUACAAAUAUUCCGUCAACAGGAUGGGACAAACUAUUUUUGUCCUUCAUCUCUGCUGAUACAGGGAAGGUGACUGCAAAAACAAAUAAAGCAAAUGUCAGGAACGGAAGCUGCAAAUGGCCAGAUCCUAUCUAUGAAGCAACACGGCUUCUUCAGGAUCCUCGGACUAAGACAUAUGAUGACAAACUCUAUAAGCUUGUUGUGGCCAUGGGGACUUCACGGUCAAGUAUUCUUGGGGAGGUUGAUGUCAAUCUUGCUGAAUUCGCAGAAGCGCUGAAACCUGCUUCAAUAGCACUUCCUCUUCGUGGUUCCGACUCGGGGAUGCUAUUACAUAUCACAGCACAACUUCUCAAUACUAAAACUGGUUUCAGAGAAUUUGAGCAGCAAAGGGAAACUGGGGCCAGAAGUUCUCAGCAGUUAUUGAACCAAAGAAGUCACGAUCCUGCUGAAGUUGCCGCGGCCUCAUCAGACAUCGGCACCGAUAAGGUUAAUGCAAGGAUUAAGCUAAAAGAAACUUCUCUGGGGUUCCCGUUGGUAGAAGAUUCUGCGGGGUCAACUGAAGAUUAUGAAAACUCGUCGCAUACUUCAGAUGGCAUUUUUACUGAAAAGAAUGAUCCAUAUGGUGCACAUGAAAUCAGUAGCUUUAGGAGCUCAGGUGACCUACCUCUUUGUCCUACCAGUCGAAGUCCUACACCAGAGAAGGGAGCUUGUUGGGGUAAACACCUUUCACCACAGGGGAGCAAUGACUGGACUCAUGGCUGGAGUCCUGAGUACUCUGCUGAUAAAGAUCUAGCUGCUGCUCAUGAUGAGAAUAACCGGCUUAGAACCAGAUUGGAGGUGGCUGAGUCGGCUUUUUCUCAGCUUAAGACAGAAGCAACAUCUCUGGAGCAUGUUACCGACAAGUUAGGCACUGAGACACAGGGCCUUGCCCAACAGCUCGCUGUUGAACUUAUGUCACGGAAUCAGCUCACUACUGAAGUAUCCUUGCUCAGAACAGAAUGUUCUAAACUGAAAAAAGAGUUGGAAGAAAUAAGAUCUUCUAAACUACUGCAGAAAAAAUCCAAUGCAGAAGAUAAUACUAUGAAAAAGUAUGGUAAUGACAUUCUUGCUACUGAUCCCGUACAUCAUCUCCAAACUGAAUGGCUGCAAGGUUUGCUGCUUCUCGAAAGUAAACUGCAGCAGACCAGAAACAAUGCUCUUCAUGGACUACAAGCAAGUGAUCUUGAUUUUCUUCUCGCUGAUUUGGGGGCACUUCAGCGUGUCAUUGAGAACCUCAAGCAAGGUGUUCAGCCAGGACAAGUGAAAGAAAAUCACUAUGCAGAAAAUUUGGUUCCACUUUCAAAUACUAGUCAUCUAUCAAAUUCAGCACAUCAUGAUACCCUCAAGAAAAGUUCUGGUGGUAAUACUGGCACGAUGGAAGAGAAGAUGUGUGAGCUCCUGCAGAAGCUGGAGAACUCAAAAACUGAGAAGGAGAAUCUCCUGGAGAAGAUGAGCCACAUGGAGCGUUACUAUGAAUCCUUUAUCCAUAAGCUUGAGGAGAGCCAGAAGCAGACAGCAAUUGAAUUAGAAAAUCUCAGGAAAGAACAUAACUCUUGCUUCUACACUGUUUCUGUCCUCCAAGCUCAGAAGCAAAAAGUGCAUGAGGAAAUGAAUGAUCAGUUAAUGAGAUUUGUUGAGGACAGAACAGCUUUAGAAGCUCAAAAUAAGGAGCUUGAGAGGAGGGCUGUUGCUACAGAAACUGCACUCAAAAGGGUUCGAUUCAAUUAUUCCGCCGCUGUGGAACGUCUACAGAAAGACCUUGAGUUACUGUCAUUUCAGGUUCUCUCUAUGUAUGAGUCAAAUGAAACUCUAGCAAAGCAAUCCUUUUUAGAAGAUUGUGAUAGUUUGCCUGAAGAACACUCUGCUGUAGCAGAUUUAUGUAGCAAUAAAGAACCUGAACAAUACAGGGUUGGUGUCAAACAAAUUGGACCUGAACGUCUAUAUGCAGAGAAAGAACCUCAAGUGUUUCUAGAAAACAAUUGUACUAUGGACAAAAUUGAUGGCCAGAAAAACCUUCGGGCACUAAAGAUUGAAGAGCUCCGUGUGAGAUCAGAAUUUCAUGUACAUGGUAAUACUGAUUCAAGGGGGAACCACUCAAACAUGGUAGGGCCAAAAAGGGUCUCUUGCACUAUGGAGUCUGAGCUUUUAGAAAUGUUUAUUGCCAACAUGGAGUGCCAGGUAUUCUCUGAUGUGCUACGUGAAUCUCACUAUGCUGCAUUGGAUAUAAUUAAAUGCAUGCAGGAAAGGUUGCACAUGUUAGGAAAGAAGCUUCAUGACUCUAAUGAUGCCAAACAAUCUCUAGGGCUCAAGUUGAGCUCUGCAUUGGACCAAGCCACAAGUGUCAAAGAAAGCGAAGCAGGAUAUAUUUUGAAGUGUGAUGAUCUGACUGUGAAGAACCAAAUAUUAGAAGCAAAACUCCAUGAUAUUACAGUUGAAAAUGCUUUGUUUAUGGAAAAGCUUACGGAGUCUGAAAGACUUGUUCAGGAACAUAGAGCUUGUGAAAGCAAGUACAAGGUCUGCGCUGAAGAAAGGGAGAGAUUCGAGAACCUUUUAAUCAAAGAAAGUCUACUAACCGACCAGCUUCACGGUGAGCUCAGAUCAUUAAGAGAAGGUUUUGAGGCCAUGAAAGAUGAGUUAGAUAAUCAAUCCUCCAUUAACAAUGAUACAUGGAUGGUUUCUACAUCCCUUCAAGAUCAACUGGGUGGACUCUGCUCUAAAAUUAUGUCUUUUAACAAGGAAGUCAACAUUUCAGGCUUAGAUGAGGCAUCUUUCCAGCAUGAACUUGAGAGCAAGAAUUAUGCUGCUGUGCUGAAAAGCUUGGAAUUCUUCCAUCAGCAAACAUGUAACAAGGUCCUUCAUGUUCAACAGGAGAAGGAAGCAGUGGUGGAAAUGUGUGAUGCUUUGCAGAGAAGGUCAGAGAAGGCGGAAUCAGAAUUGCAUGAUAUGAAGCAGAAGUACGUAUGUGAUUUGGAUGCUACAAAUCAGAAGCUAAACUUUUCUGAAGAACUUAUAGAGAAGCUUCAGCAAGAACUGCAGGACAUGGCUCACAAACUUAGGAUUAGCUCAGAUUCUCAAGAAAAAUAUUCCGUUACCAAUAGUGGCUUAACAUCAAAGUUGUCACUAAUGGAAGUUGAGCUGCAGCAUGCAACCAGUAAGAAUUUGGCUCUUGUUGAAAAAUUGAAAGAAUUUGGUGCCACUGUAGAGGAACUUGAGAGGACCAAAAUAAGUCUUGCUCAAUAUGAGAAGGAUACCCGAACCUUGACCCAGUCAUUACAGUCUAAAGAUGAAAUGUUAGUGCAUAUGGAAAGUGAAAUCAAACUUUUGCAUGAUGAUUUGAGAUUUACCGGUGAGAAUUUGCUAAGAGAAAAGAGCCUUAAGGAAGAACUUGAGUCUGCCCUUGCAAAUCUUACAUCACAGCUUUGUGAGAAGGAUCGGGUCCUACUUUCUUUCAAUGAGCAGAAAACAGAAUCAGUUCAUCUGAAAGACCAGCUUUUUGACAUGGAAAAAGCAAACAGUAUAAUGCAAGAUGCGCUCUUGCAGAGUGAACAAAUCCAAAGGGACCUCAACCGUAAGAAUCGCUCUCUUCACUCCCAGAUUUCAAAUCUAGAAAACCAGUUAGGAAUAGUUCUCGAGGUCAUGCUUUCCACUGAGAUUGAAGUGAUUUAUAUGAGAAGUCAGGUAAGAGAGGCUGUUGUGCAACUUAAUAUGUUAAGAAAUGACUUUGAGAAACUUCAACUCAAACACAAAGAUGCUGAUGAAUUAUUACGGGUUCACAUGUCUACUCAAGCAGAAUUGGCUGAUAGAAAUAGCAUGCUUCAAGCAGCUAUCCAUUCUCUUGAAAUCAAUCUCUGCAGUGUUAGUCAAGAGAAGAAAGGACUUGAGGAGCUUAUGAAAGGACAUGAGGAAACAUUGACAGAAGCAAAUAAUAACAAGUCUUGUGACAUAGCAGUCGAUAACAGUGAGAAAAUAGUGGAGGAUCAUGAUGAGAUUUCACAGCUUAGAGUCUUGCUGGCAGAUCUUGAAGAGCAGGUUGAUAAUGUGAAGUCCACAAAAGAUGAGACUGAAAUUUUAAACAUCAUUCUUAGGUCAAAGUUGGAGGAACAACACACUGUGAUGUCAUCAUUGCUACAGAAUCAAAGGCAAGAGUUGACAAAUUUAAUAGAACACAACAAGGAUCUCACCCAAAAACUUGCAGAACAAAGUCUGAAGGCAGAAGAGUUCAAAAACUUGUCGAUCCAUUUGAGAGAGCUAAAAGAAAAGGCCGAAGCUGGAAGAAAGGAGAAGGAAGGAUCAUUACAUGCCAUGCAAGAUUCCCUUAGAAUUGCAUUUAUUAAGGAGCAGUAUGAAUCGAAGGUUCAAGAGCUGAAAGGUCAAGUUUUUGUGAAUAAAAAAUAUGCUGAAGAGAUGCUGCUGAAGCUGCAAAAUGCUUUGGAUGAUGUUGAAACUGGGAAGAAAAAUGAGAUUGCUCUUGCUAAGAGAAUUGAAGAGUUGUCGAUGAAAAUUUCUGAAAUGGAGGUGGAGAUGCAUGAUUUAUCAGCUGAUAAAAAAGAAUUGUCAAAUGCAUAUGACAGCAUGAUGACAGAACUAGAAUGCACAAAAUUAAACUUAGAUUGCUGCAAUGAAGAAAAGCUGAAGAUUGAAGUCUCUCUUGAGGAGUGCUGUGAGGAACGUAACAGAAUAAGGGUGGAACUUGAUCUGGUUAAGAAAUUAUUGGAGAAUAUGGCAUUAACAGACAAGAAUACAUCACAUGAUAGCUCUGGAUCAUGCACCCCUGGUACCACAUCCAUCAGGCAUAUUCUUGGAGAUGGCGAGGCAGAGUCUGCAUCAAAGGCUACACCAAGUACAAUAGAAAUGGAUUCAGAGUUACAGGAAUGUGAAAUUCAGAGCCGAAGCUUAACAUCAAAUUUGUCUCGAGCAGAUGAUAUCGGGAAGUUUGGUGAGGAUGAAGCGAGCAAGAGCUUGGAGAAUUGCGAUAAGGAAUGUGAAUCAUCAAUAGAGAAUCAUUUUAAUGGCAAUAGCAUCAAAGAUAUUUCUAGAGAGCAUAAGAAAUUAGCAACCGAAUUGAACCUUUUCCAGAAGGAGCUAGAAAGAUUGAAAAAUGAGAAUCUGUCUCCUCUUCUUCCCCGUGACAUUAAUCUUAUUGAUCCAUCACUCAGUGGUUUGGAAAGGACAUUGUCACAACUUGAUACGGCAAAUGAGCAUUUGCAAAGUAUUUUUCCAUCAUUUAAAGAGCUUCCUGGAUCUGGCAAUGCCUUGGAAAGGGUACUUGCUUUGGAACUUGAGCUCGCAGAAGCUCUCCAAGCAAAGAAGAAAACAGAUAUCCUUUUCCAGAGUUCAUUCUUGAAGCAGCACAAUGACGAAGCAGCAGUCUUCCAAAGUUUCAGGGACAUCAAUGAACUGAUCCAAGAUACUAUCGAGUUGAAGAGAAGGCAAGUAGCAGUAGAAAGUGAACUAAAAGAGAUGCAGGGCAGGUACUCAGAGCUCAGUGUGCAGUUUGCCGAGGUGGAGGGAGAAAGGCAGAAGCUCGAAAUGAAUCUGAAGAACCAAUCACCGUGGAAAUCAUAGGAACCAAAGAGAAAACUGGAGAGGAAAAAUAUGUCUGCCAGUUGCAAGCUUUGUAAACAAUCUUCUGCGACGGCAAUGGACACAUUUUGUAAUGUAAAUAUCAGUAGAAUCUCAAAAUAUGUAUCAAUUGUAGAGUUGUAUGUGAAUGUGAUAUACACAAAUGUAACAUCUUGUACAACCCCUGCAGCUCAGAGAAAUUCUUGUUAAUUAAUUGUUCUUGAGCCAACAACCAGCCGCCUUUCAAGAGUGCAUUCACAUCUGCUGAUUGUAAUUUGCAGUUUUUUUAAUGGAUCCUUUAACGUUGACUGGAACAACUCCUUGAUCUGAUGUUGGUACUGCCUAACAGAGACUUCUGCUAUUCAUUUUCUU